AUGGGUUCCUAUGGCAAUGGUACCGCGUACUCGCCGGAUCAGUUCAUGAAUCCGGGGCCGGCCCCCCGCCCCCCAAAUGAUCGUCCCAAGUUGACACUUCCUACCAACAAUGCCAACCAGGUGGCCACCUCAUUUGGCCAAAUGUCCUUGAACUCGCCAAGCACCCCAGGCCCCUCUGGCAACCUCUCGCUGUUCCCAAACACUAGCACCCCGUCCCUGGCCCGGAGCCAAACCGGCGGAAGCGGCGUCACCAUUGUGAAAGAAGGCCCCGUUCGAUGCAAGGAAGACAAGUUCCUGGCAACAUGGAACCAACGCCAGUUGAUCCUGCGCGAAUACAAAGUCGAGUUCUUGAAGACCGAGUCCGGAAAAGUUGUUCUCUCGUUCCCCCUAUCCACCGUCACCGCUGUUUCUCGUUCGGAGGAUUCUAAGAUGGCCUUUGAGAUCACAAGACUGGCCAACCCCAAGGAUGCAAACUCAAAGACUGCUAUGAUCACUCGCGAUGUGCCUACUAAGACAAUCACUUGUGAGGUGAAAUCCGAUGACGAGAUCUAUGAGUGGAUCGACAAGAUCUAUGAGCGUUGCCCUGGUAUGGGUGGUGUCAGUAACCCCACUAACUUCAGUCACCGCGUUCACGUUGGCUUUGACCCGCAAUCCGGUGCAUUUGUAGGCUUGCCUCCGGAGUGGGAAAAGCUGCUGACAGCUUCGGCUAUUACCAAGGAGGACUACAAGAAGAAUCCCCAGGCAGUUAUUGAGGUGUUGGAGUUUUACUCGGAUAUCAAGAUGCGAGAGCAGAACCCACAGUACUACGGUGGAAUGAAUGGCUCUUCGGGUAGCUCGAAUAAGAUGCCUACAAGCACAUCGAUGGGCAGUGGGAUUGCUCCUCCCCGGCCUGCACCACCAGGUCCUAUGCAGCGCCUAGACAAUGGUCAGUCAAUGCGUUCAGUAUCUUCGCCAACGUCGGAUCGAUCAGCAGAGCAACAGAUGCAAUUGCAGCAGAUGAAGGAAGCGGCAGACCAAGAGCGUCGUCGAGUGGAGGAGCUUCGCCGCAAAGAAGAUCAAGAAUACAAUGCAUCCAUUCCAAAGACGCGCACUCCGAUGGCCAAGCAGGAGCUUGGUGGAUAUGGUGGUGGUGGUGGUGGUGGUGGUGGCUCAGACACCCGUUACCAGCCGAGUCGCCCUGCUCCACAAGCGCCUGGCUCUUCUACUCGCAACCCUGGAUCUGAUCCCCGUCAGCUAACCGCCCAACGCCCGGCUCCCGCCCCUCCAUCUUCGCAGAGUCCUUACGGUGGACAAGGUCCUUCCCGCACCCCUGGCAGCACCAGCACCCAGAGUGAGAACCAGGGAUCCUCUUCGGGCUAUCCUUCUAGUGACCCUAGAGCUCAGGCUUCGUCUAGCCGAGCUCCACAGGCUCAAGGACCUCCUCCAACUCGUCUCCCUGCCCCUGUGCAGCAAGUGAAGCCGUUGAACAUUGCCAACAAGCAGCCGACCACCAAGGCCGUUCCUGAUGGUAUUCGCCAGGCGGAAGCUGCCUUGACCAAGAAGCCCGACCCCCGGCAGAAGGAGGUGCGUAUGUCGGCAAUGUCCGAAGUGGAGGUCAUGGAUAGACUGCGCGCAGUGGUGUCCAAAGACAACCCCAACGAAUCUUACAGCAAGCAGCGCAAGAUUGGUCAGGGUGCUUCUGGUUCUGUUUACGUGGCACGGGUUAAGGAGCAAGCAACAUCUGCUGUGGCCCACGAGCUAUACAGACAGUACGGACCGAGGUGCCAGGUUGCCAUUAAGCAAAUGGAUUUACGCAGCCAGCCCCGUAAGGAGUUGAUCGUUAACGAGAUUAUUGUCAUGAAGGACAGUCAACACCCCAACAUUGUCAACUUCUUGGAUUCGUUCUUGCAAGAGUCAAGCAACGAGCUCUGGGUUGUCAUGGAGUUCAUGGAGGGUGGUGCUUUGACCGAUGUGAUCGACAACAACCCAGUAAUUCAAGAGAACCAAAUUGCGACCAUUUGUGCCGAGACAUGCAAAGGACUGGCCCACCUGCAUAGCCAGAACAUUAUUCACCGUGAUAUCAAGAGUGACAACGUUCUUCUUGACCGUGUCGGCCACGUCAAAAUCACGGACUUUGGCUUCUGUGCCAAGCUUACCGAGUCCAAGAGUAAACGUGCCACUAUGGUGGGUACUCCUUACUGGAUGGCACCGGAGGUCGUCAAGCAGAAGGAGUACGGUCCCAAGGUUGAUUGUUGGUCUCUGGGUAUCAUGGCUAUUGAGAUGAUCGAGUCCGAGCCCCCAUACCUGAACGAGGAGCCCCUCAAGGCGCUGUAUCUCAUUGCCACCAACGGCACUCCACGCUUGAAGAAGCCAGAGAAGCUGAGCAAGGAACUCAAAGCGUUCUUGAGUGUCUGCCUCUGUGUCGAUGUCCGCAGCCGUGCUACCGCCGACGAGCUUCUCGCUCAUGAGUUCUUGCAGACUGGCUGCAGCCUUGCCAGCCUGGCUGAAUUGCUGCGCUGGAAGAAAGCCACUGGCCAGUAA